AUGCCACGCCCGAACCUCGCCGAGCUCGACCCGCCCAGCCUGCGCCGCUCGCCCAAGAUGCUCGACAUCUCCAGCUUCGACCUCGAUCCCGCCGUACCUCGCCCGACCCGCGACCGCGCCGACAACCUCGUCGCCUCGCUCAAGCGCGCGACCGCUCUCGUCGAGCGCACCGUGCACGACACGACCCCGUUCGCCACCCUCUCGCUCGCCCUCUUCGGCAAGGUCGUCCACGAGCUCGACCAUGUCGUUCAGCUCGUCGAGGCGGCGGCCGCUGUCGAGGCGACGGGCGAGCGCGACUCGCUGCCCGUUCGAGUCGAGGAGAGCCGCCCGACGAGGCGCUCGUCAAAGGUGCACGAGCCCGUCGGGCACAAGCGCGAGAUUGGGCACGAGGAGCAGGGCGAGGAGCAGGGCGAGGAGCGUGCGAGUCGCCCACCUCGCCACGAGGGCGAGUCGAACGAGCACGACCAGCCCCGGCGUCGAGAAGGUCGUCCUCGCGACGAGCAGCGCGACGAGCCUGUUGUUGCGGUGGACCAGCCGCGCGAUCGCCGCGACGCACUCGAGCGCCUGUCGCACGACGGCCGCGUCCACCGCCCGUCAUCGUCGCACGCUCGCCGAGACGAGGCCCCGCCGCACAACCGCGCCCGAGUCGACCGCGUUCCCUCUCGCCCUGCGUCCGCCACACCCGCCUCGCCCAUCUCGUCGCCUGUCGACGAGCCCGCCGACAAGCGGCGGUCGAUCUCGCGCGCCGCCUCGCGCCUCACCUCGCGGGUCGUCUCGCCGCCGCCGCCGUCCGCCCCUCCUCACGACGAGCCUGGACCUCCCGCGCGCCGUCACAUCGACCGCAAGGCUACUCGCUCAGCGGCCCAGUCGCAGCCGUGCUCGUCGUCGCCGGAUCCGUCGGCGAGUCGUCGCCGCGAGAGCUCGUCCGCCCGGCCCAAGUCGCGCGCGAGCUCGGCUGCGCCUCGCCGCGAUGACUACAAGCCGCGCGACCUGCGGUCGAGCCCUCUCGACGGUCCAGCAACGCGCCCAAAGUCGCGCACGUCCACGAGCACGGCGAGCAGCCGACGUGCGCCGACGCUCGAGCCUCUUCCUCCUCGCCGUUCGUCGUCGCGCAGCCGCUUCGUCGCCGACUCGUCCGCGUCGGACGAUGACGAGCUCGUGCGCCGCCGCACACACGUCGAUGAAGGCGACGAGCCCGCGAGUCAGCCGCGCUCGCGCUCCAAGGCGCGCUUGGCGGCGCGGUCCUCCAGCGGCCGGUCGGACGACGCUCGCCGCGCACUCGAGCUCGCGUCGGCGCCGCCGCCUCGGGCGAUGGGCUCGGACUCGGACGACGAGGGCCAGGCGAGGAGGCCGUCGAGCGCGGCGCCGGCGGUCCGGCCGGCCGUUCUGACCGGCGCGCGAGUCGCAGCGGCGGUCGUGCGAGCGGUCGAGGGCGGCCCGGGAGGGGGCAAGCAGGAGCUCGCGACGCUCUCGCUCGUGUCGAGCGAGUACCGCGAGCCAUCGCAGGCGGCGUUGUACCGCGUCGUCGCCGUCACCUCGACCCGCCAGCUCGACCUCUUCCUGCGCACCAUCGAGUCGGCUCCUUCUCUCGGCGCUCUCGUUCGCGAGCUCAAGAUCCAGCCUCUCGACGCCGACCUGCCGACGCCCCAGCCCGAGCCGCUCAUCGACCCGCUCAGGCGGCUGUUGAACCGCCUUCCCAACUUGACCUCGCUCGACGAGGACUUUACCGCCGGCGACUGGGACGUCGGCGACCUCUCCACCGGUCGCGACUACCUGCUCACGGUCUUGUCGCCGUGCAACCUCGUCCGGUUCCGCAGCGCCAAGGCGUGGUUCGAGAUCGGCGCCCUCUUUGCGCUCCUCCAGACGCAGCCGCAGCUCGUCGAGCUCGUCAUCGGCGGCGCGGCCAUGGACCGCGACUGGGUCGGCACCAAGCUCCUCGCCACCCUCGCUUCGUCGUCGUCGUCGCCGGCACCGGCCGCGUUGCUCGAGUCGAUCGAGAUCGGCCAAGUCAUGCACGAGGACACCCUUGCCGUCCUCCUGCGUGCGACGGGCGGCGACUCGGUCGGCCGUCUCUCGAGCGUCCGCAUCGGGUUCCAGUCGCUCGGCGCCUCGGACGACGACACGCCGCUCGCGUCCGUCCCGGCCGCGCUCGCCCUGGUCGGCUCGACCGUGACGCACCUUGCGCUCGCCGCGCCGCGCAAGGCGAGCGACGACUCGUCCGCACUCCUCGACGAGGUCGUCGCCGUACUGCCUCGUCUCGAGGUCCUCGAAUGGACCGAGGCGACCGACCUCGCGCCCCUCGCGCUCGCCAAGCCGACGGUCCUCGUCCGCCUCCCGUCGUCGCUGCGGGUCCUGCGCGCGCGCUCACUCGUCUCUCUCUCGACGAGCGCCGUGCUCUCGUUCCUGCACGGCGACGCACCGCGAGCGCUCGAGGUCCUCGACGUCCAGUGGGCGCACGGCUCGUCGACCGCGGAAGACCUCGCCAAGGAGCCGUGGUUCAAGCCAAGGCAUAUCGCGCGCAUCGAGGACGCAGCAGCAGAGCUCGGCAUCGAGUGUCGUGUCGGCAAGGGCGACGAGGCACUCGCUUUCGGCAGGGCCUGAGCUCGACGUCGGGCGAGUUGAGCAAGGACGAGGGGAGAGGGGCUCGAGCGCGCGAAUAGACUGCAAUGCCGUUCGAGAAGCUAC